AUGGUAGCUUUAACUCUAACUCCUCAUCCUGUACUUUUGCUCAUUGUCCUGAUGUAUAUGAGCCUGAACACUUCUGCUUACCCCCAACCUUUCCAGAGAAUAUCCCCUUCAGAUGGCCAGGAUUCUAUACAGGAGCAAUGGAAGGUUCUCUACCCUUCCAUCUCACUCCGUGACUGGAGCAUCCAAAUGUUGUCCGACCCAAACUUCGGUGGAGCCGAGCCCAGAACAGAGCAGUUGCCUGUGAAUGAGUGGAUCCCUCUUAGCCAAUCACAGAUUGAGGAGAAACUGAUGAAGGGAUGGCUAGGAGACUGGCAGCAGAGGGUGGGAAACCAAGAAAAGAGGAACAUUGUCGUGGCAGAUGAUGCAGCAUUCAGAGAGAAAAGUAAGCUUCUCACAGCCAUGGAGAGACAGAAAUGGCUAAACUCAUACAUGCAGAAACUGCUGGUGGUUAAUUCAAAAUAA